AUGUCACUCCCAGCUGAGCAGGGGAGAUGUGCUCCAUAUGGGAACUAUAUUUGCCACAUGUUUCAGGGAGACAGCUGGGCAGACCGAUCCCCUCUCCAUGAUGCUGCCUUCCAGGGACGCCUUCUCUCUCUGAAAACCUUGAUUGCACAGGGUUUCAACGUGAACCUGCUGACCACGGACCGCGUGUCGGCUCUGCACGAGGCCUGCCUGGGUGGGCACGUGGCCUGUGCCAAGGUGCUGCUGGAGAAUGGUGCCCAGGUGAACGCGGCCACCAUCGACGGGGUCACUCCCCUGUUCAACGCCUGCUGCAGCGGCAGCGCAGCCUGUGUCAGCAUGCUGCUGGAAUGUGGAGCCAAGGCACGGCUGGGGAGCCACCUGCCCUCGCCCAUGCACGAAGCAGUCAAGAGAGGUCACAGGGAGUGCAUGGAGACCCUUCUGGCCCACGAGGUUGACAUUGACCAAGAGGACCCACAGCAUGGGACCCCUCUCUACAUGGCCUGCACCUACCAGAGAACAGAAUGUGUCAAGAAGCUUUUGGAGCUAGGAGCCAACGUGAAUGUGGGGAAGGGACUGGACACCCCCCUGCACGCAGCAGCGAGGAAAUCCAGUGUGGAGAUAGUUGUCUUGCUGACAGACUAUGGUGCCGACCCAAAAUGCAGAAAUGCUGACCUCAAAUGUGCCCUGGAUCUUGCCACACCCCACAGCAAGGUGGAGCAGGCACUUCUGCUUCGGGAAGGUCCUGCCAGCCUGGCCCAGCUGUGCAGGUUGUGCAUCAGGAGGCACCUGGGCCGGUCAUGCCUCGGCACAGUCCCCAAGCUGCACCUGCCUGAGCCGCUGGAGAACUUCCUCCUGCACCGAUCAGUCUGA